AUGAAGCUCUACUCGCCUUUCUGUUCCUCUGGUUUCUGGAUUCGGCGCUGCAUCUGCGGCUCCCGCCCAGUGUCGGGGCUGAGAGACCGGCCAUGGCCGUUUAUCUCGUGUCGGGGAGUCUCGUCUCCAUUGUUCUCGGGGUCUCCAUUUUCGACUGAGUUGAAUCUUCGUCCAGUCGGUUCCAAAUCACCCGGGCAUUCCUGUUCCGAUCGCCCGGAUUUAGUCCAUCCUCCGAACUUUUUUCUGAAUUCUCGCUCGCCAUGGUUGCUUCUGUCAAAUACCUCUCCAAGCUCCAGGCCCUUCUGCGGGUCGUCAUCUUCCUCGACAGCUCCAUCCUCAGACCCUAGGUCGGAACAGUCCGACGAAAACCCUCCAGUCGUUGACUCCGAGAAGGCGCACGAAAUCAUAUUGUCAAAUUCCGACGGUGCCCAGGAUCUGGAGAAGGCCCUGGAUGCGCUCGAUGUACAACUAACGACCGAAUUUGUGGACGGGGUUAUCAAAAGGCUCCGUUACGACGAGAAACUAGCUUUCAGGUUCUUCACCUGGGCUGGAAAUCAAGAAGGCGGCUACACCCACGAGCGGCAGACGUACAAUGACAUGAUAGACAUAUUAUCAAGCACGAAAUACAAGGCGAAACAGUUCGGCGUCGUUUGUGACAUCUUGGAUUACAUGAAGAGAACGAACAAGGCGGCAGUGCCCGUGGAAGCCCUUCUGGGCAUCCUGAGAGCCUACACGGAGAAGCACCUGACACGUGUUCAUAAGUUUGCCAAGAAGAAGAAGAUAAAAUUGAAGAACCAGCCUGAGAUCCAUGCCUUCAAUCUGCUUCUGGAUUCUCUGUGCAAAUGUAAUCUACCGAGGGAAGCAGAAACUCUGCUCCAACGAGUCAAGAACAAGCUCGCCCCCGACGCAGACACCUACAACAUUCUCUUUUUCGGGUGGUGCAGAGUGAGGGACCCCGGAAAGGCAAUGAAGGUGUUAGAGGAAAUGCUACAGAUGGGUCACACCCCAGAGAACUUCACUUACAAUGCGGCAAUUGAUGCCUUCUGCAGUGCGGGGAUGAUAUCAGAGGCGAGAGAGCUGUUUGAGUUCAUGAGAACAAAGGGCUCCACCAUCUCUUCACCCACCGCCAAGACCUAUUCUGUUAUGAUCGUAGCGCUUGCCAAGGCCAAUCAGAUGGACGAGUGCUUUAAGCUCCUGUCCGAUAUGAGAAGCACCGGGUGCCUCCCUGAUGUUUCAACGUACAAGGAGCUGAUUGAAGGGUUGUGUUUGGUCGGAAGGCUCGAAGAAGCCUACAAGCUAUUUGAAGAAAUGGGCAACAAAGGUUACCCUCCGGAUAUACUCACCUAUAAUUGCUUCAUCAGGGUUCUCUGUGACUUGAAGAAGGCCGAGGAAGCACUGAUGCUCUGUGAGAGAAUGAUUGAGCUGGAUUGUGAGCCGAGUGUUCAUACUUAUAAUAUGCUGAUCAGGAUGUUUUAUGAGAUGAGGGAACCGGAUAGGGCUUCUGCAAUCUGGUGCGAAAUGGACCGGAGGCGAUGCCAACGGGACGUUGAUACCUACUGCAUCAUGAUCGAUGGGUUGUUUGGCUGUGAAAGAUCAGAUCAAGCGUGUCUCCUCCUGGGUGAGGUGAUAGACUGCGGUAUCAAACUGCCAUAUAAAAAAUUCGAUUCUUUGCUCUCACAGCUGGCCGAAAUUGGAAACCUCCAUGCCAUCCAGAGGCUUUCAGAGCAUAUGAGGCGGUUCUACAACCAUGCCAUGGCCAGGCGGUUUGCGGUAAGCCAAAAGAAGAAGAGUGUGAGCUUAAGGAGAAUGUGA